AUGUCUCCUCACAAACGAGAAGCUCCAAGCAUCAAGAUCGCUAUCGAUCGCGGUGGUACUUUCACCGAUUGUCUAGGAAUCAUUGAUGGACGCGAUGAAGAGGUCGUCGUCAAGCUGCUUUCGCAAGAUCCAGCAAAUUAUGCGGAUGCUCCGAUUGAGGGUAUCCGACGCAUACUGGAACAGGCAACAGGCAAGACCUUCCCUCGCGAUCAAAAACUCACAACCGCCGACUUUUCAAACGUGAGCAUUCGCAUGGGUACAACAGUCGCUACCAAUGCCUUACUUGAGCGGAAAGGAGAGCGACAUGCGCUCCUGAUUACAAAGGGAUUCAAAGAUGCUUUGCGCAUCGGAAACCAGUCUCGGCCGAAACUGUUUGCGCUGAAUAUACAGCGUCCUGAUGUGUUAUACGAGGACGUUGUGGAGAUCGAUGAGCGGGUCACAAUUGAGGAUUAUCAGCAAAACCCCACUCCAGACAAAGAGAGUCUUCAGAGAUCUCUGCAGUCAGAAGCCUGUUUGAAGAAGGGGGUCAGUGGAGAGGUGGUGCGUGUCUUGGAACCGCUCGAUGAGGCAAGCACAAGACAGAAUCUCCAGCAACUGUACGAGAAGGGCUAUCGCUCUAUCGCAGUCUGUUUGGUUCACUCGUACACAUUCCAAGAUCAUGAGCUUGCAAUUGAGAAGAUUGCACAAGAGAUUGGAUUCACGCAGAUCUCCCUGUCCAGUCAGCUGCUGCCUAUGAUCAAGAUGACAUCUCGCGGUGCUUCGGCUACUGCAGAUGCAUACUUGACGCCAGUCAUUCAACGCUAUAUUCAAGGCUUUCGCGAAGGAUUCAAAGAUGGACUCAGCUCUGCAGAUACACGCUGCGAGUUCAUGCAGAGUGAUGGCGGUCUAGCUAAUUUUGAAAAAUUCACUGGUCUGCGUGCAAUCCUGUCUGGCCCUGCGGGUGGUGUCGUGGGCUACGCCGGAACUUCUUUCGAUGAAACGGACAGAAAGCCUGUCAUCGGGUUUGAUAUGGGCGGUACUAGCACAGACGUCUCAAGGUAUGACGGAAAGUUGGAACACACAUUUGAGAAUACCAUUUCUGGCGUCACCGUGAUGGCACCCCAAUUAGACAUCAAUACAGUUGCUGCUGGCGGUGGAAGUAUUCUCUUCUGGCGACAUGGACUAUUCGCUGUCGGUCCUGAGUCCGCAGGUGCUCAUCCAGGACCAGCAUGCUACCGAAAGGGGGGCCCUUUGACAGUGACCGAUGCUAACCUCUUUCUCGGUCGCCUUCUUCCGGCAUACUUCCCUAAGAUCUUCGGUCCCAAUGAGAAUGAAGCUUUGGAUAUCGAGGUCACCCGGAAGAAGUUCACGGAACUCGCAGCUCAAAUCAACGCCGAGACUGGACAAAACAAGUCCCCAGAAGAGAUUGCACUUGGCUUCAUUCAAGUUGCCAAUGAGUCUAUGGCAAAGCCUAUCAGAGCCCUCACGGAAGCCCGGGGAUACGAUACUUCUGCACACAACUUGGCCUGCUUUGGUGGUGCUGGUGGACAACAUGCUUGCGCUAUUGCCUCUUCGCUAUCCAUUGGCACCGUCAUCAUUCACCGAUAUUCUUCUAUCCUCUCUGCAUACGGAAUGGCUCUUGCAGACGUCGUCCAUGAGUCACAAGAGCCUGCAUCUGGUGUACUAGAUGAGGCAGCUAUGAGGGGUGUCAGCGAGCGAAUUGCUGCGCUCAAGACUAAGGUCACUGAUGCUUUGACCGCGGACGGGAUUGAAGGAAAUCAAAUCCAGCAUGAAGUCUACCUCAACCUGCGAUAUCAGGGAACCGAUAACCUGUUGAUGGUGCUAGAGCCUGAACAUGGUGACUUCAUCGCUGAGUUCGUCAAAGAGCAUGAGCGCGAGUUCUCCUUCACAUUCCCAGGUCGCAACAUCCUCGUUGAGGAUAUCCGAGUCCGAGGUGUUGGGAAGGCUACCUCUAUCGCGCCAGAGGCGCCUCAACAAGAGCUCAAAUCAGUCGCUAAGAUGCCCGUGGGUUCAGAGAAGCAGGAUGAUUCAUGCCCUGUAUACUUCGCCAGCGUCGGUGAAGUGACAACGCCUGUCUUUUUUCUGGAUAAUAUGAAGCCUGGCUAUGUUCUUCGAGGACCCGCGAUGAUAAUCGACAAGACCCAGACCAUCGUUGUUGAGCCAAAUGCCACUGCAACAAUUCUGUCCCGACAUGUAAUUUUGGAUGUUCAGCCUUCCAAGAAGCAGACUGCUGAUGCAACCGUCGUGGAUCCUAUCAAACUGUCUAUCUUCGGCCAUCGAUUUAUGUCUGUUGCUGAUCAGAUGAGUCGCAUGUUCCAAAAGACCUCCGUUUCAACAAACAUCAAAGAGCGACUGGACUUUUCGUGUGCUGUGUUCUCUCCCGAUGGAAAACUGGUUGCGAAUGCACCGAAUGUGCCUGUGCACUUGGGAAGCAUGGAGUAUGCUGUCCGGUAUCAGCAUGAACGAUGUGGUGGUAAUCUGAAACCGGGCGAUCACAUUCUCACCAACCAUCCACUUGCUGGCGGGACCCAUCUGCCCGACAUCACCAUCAUCACCCCAGUCUGGGAUAAUGAGGGCAAGAAUAUCAUUUUCUAUGUAGCUUCCCGCGGUCACCAUGCUGAAAUUGGCGGCAUCGCCCCGGGCUCUAUGCCUUCGAACAGCAAGAUGCUCUAUGAAGAAGGUGCCAUGACAAUGGGCUUCAAGGUAGUAUCACAAGGCCGCUUUGACGAGGAAAUCGUCCGAAAGUUCCUAUAUGAUGAGCCCGCCUCGUAUCCUGGUUGCAGCGGCACACGAACUUACAAUGACAACGUCUCCGAUUUGAAGGCCGCCAUUGCAGCCAACCACAAGGGUGCACAGUUGCUAGAAGCGCUAGUGAUAGACAACACUUUGGAAGUAGUCCACUUCUACAUGGACGCAAUCAAGCGCAACGCAGAAGUCGCCGUCCGCGAUCUUCUCAAAUCCAUCGGACGCAAGAACCAAGGUGCGCCCCUUCGAUUCUCGGACUUCAUGGACGACGGCACCGAGAUCAGACUAGAAAUCCGCAUCGAUCCCGAGACCGGCUCUGCCGACUUCGACUUCACAGGCACUGGCCGGGAAACAUUCAAUUGUCUCAAUGCCCCCAAAGCCAUCGCCCAUUCAGCGAUCAUCUACAGUCUGCGGGCACUGAUUGAUGUUGACAUCCCACUCAACCAGGGCUGUCUUGCCCCGGUAAAUGUGAUCAUUCCCGAGGGUACACUUAUCAACCCCUCUGGCCAUGCCGCCGUCUGCGCGGGUAAUCCCAUUACCUCGCAGCGUAUUACGGAUGUUGUGCUGGGCGCAUUCAAUGCCUGCGCUGCCUCCCAGGGCUGCUGCAAUAUAAUUUCCUUCGGUAUGGGAGGCGUCGAUCCCAAGACGGGUAUCGAGAUACCUGGCUUCGGCGUUGGCGAGACUAUCUGCGGUGGCUCGGGUGCUGGUCCAACAUGGAACGGCACCUCUGGCGUGCAUGUCCACAUGACAAACACACGCAUCACAGAUGCGGAGGUCUACGAGCUGCGGUACCCGGUUAUUCUUCGCAGAUUCGGCAUCCGCGAGGGGUCUGGUGGUAAAGGUCGCUACCGUGGUGGUGAUGGGGUAAUCCGGGAACUGGAAUUCCGCAUGCCUCUUUCGGUGUCUAUGCUCAGUGAACGACGUGUGUAUCGCCCUUAUGGUUUAGCUGGAGGCGGCUCUGGAGAGGCGGGCUUGAAUCUUUACUUGAAAAAAGAGCUGGAUGGAACAGACAGAAUGAUCAAUAUCGGUGGCAAGAUGGAGCUGGUUGUUCAACCUGGCGAACGGAUUCUGAUUCAUACACCUGGCGGUGGUGGCUGGGGUCAAGUAUCCAAAGAAGUGGUGGCCAGCACCAGCCAGGAACGUGACUCGUCAAAUUUCGAGCCCCGAGGAAGUGUGCAUGCUUUCAGUAUUGCUGCCGAGGCUGCUACGUAA